AUGUCGGGACACCCACAGCCAGCGGGUCAAUACGACGAAGGUUACGACCAUCAACCGGGCAAUACCGAUUCUUAUUACCAGGACGAGCACGGAGGUCAACAAUAUUAUGACAAUAAUGGUGGCUAUGAGCAAGGCCAUGGAGCCCAGCCGCCGCAGCAGCAACAUCAAGGUGGUGAAGGAUACUACGAUGAAUCAGGCUACUACAAUGCUGAUGCCAACAAUCCGUAUCAACAAGAGGGAGGGUACUACGAAGGUGGUGAACAUCCUCAAGGCCAAGGUCAAGGCCAAUAUCAAGAUGAAUACUACAAUGACCAGUACUAUGAUCAAGGUGCUGCAGCAGGUGGCGAAGCACCUCCGGGCAAGCGUCGGGGCGAUUCAGAAGAGGAUUCUGAGACCUUCAGCGACUUUACUAUGAGAUCAGAUAUGGCUCGAGCCACCGACAUGGAUUACUAUGGACGAGGCGAUGAGCGAUACAACAGCUAUAACGAGAGUCAAAUGGGUGGCCGUGGAUACCGACCGCCUUCUUCGCAGGUUUCCUAUGGCGGCAAUAGAUCUUCUGGAGCAUCAACGCCAAAUUACGGAAUGGACUACAACAAUGUUCUUCCAGCUGGACAACGAUCUAAGGAGCCAUAUCCAGCCUGGACCUCCGAUGCCCAAAUUCCUCUUUCGAAGGAAGAAGUUGAGGACAUCUUCCUGGAUUUGACAGCCAAGUUUGGUUUCCAGCGUGACAGCAUGAGAAACAUGUACGAUCAUUUGAUGACUCUGCUCGAUUCGAGAGCUUCACGCAUGACACCAAACCAAGCCCUUUUGUCGCUGCACGCAGAUUACAUCGGUGGUGAUAACGCAAACUACCGAAAAUGGUAUUUUGCCGCUCAUCUCGAUUUAGAUGAUGCGGUGGGAUUUGCCAACAUGAAACUUGGCAAAGGAGAUCGUCGUACUCGCAAAGCCCGUAAAGCUGCUAAGGCGGCUGCAGCUGAUCCCCAGAACGAAGCCCAGACCCUCGAGCAAAUGGAGGGCGACAACAGUCUUGAAGCUGCAGAGUACAGAUGGAAGACUCGCAUGAACCGAAUGUCACAGCAUGACCGAGUUCGCCAAUUGGCUCUUUACCUCCUCUGUUGGGGUGAAGCUAACCAAGUUCGAUUCAUGCCAGAACUUCUUUGUUUCAUUUUCAAGUGUGCCGAUGACUACCUGAAUUCGCCUGCCUGCCAAAACUUGGUUGAGCCAGUAGAGGAAUUCACGUACCUUAACCAGAUUAUCACACCUCUGUACCAAUAUUGCAGAGAUCAAGGAUAUGAAAUUCAGGACGGCAAAUAUGUUCGCCGAGAACGGGACCACAACGAGAUCAUCGGAUACGAUGACUGCAAUCAGCUGUUUUGGUACCCUGAAGGUAUUGAGAGAAUCAUUAUGGAAGAUAAGUCUCGCCUAGUGGAUGUCGGCCCUGCGGAACGUUAUCUCAAACUCAAGGAUGUCAACUGGAAUAAGGUCUUCUUUAAAACGUAUCGCGAAACUCGUUCUUGGUUCCACAUGUUGGUCAACUUCAAUCGCAUUUGGGUCAUCCAUAUCAGUGCUUUCUGGUUCUUUACUGCCAAGAAUUCGCCAACCCUCCUCGAAAAGCACUACGAGCAACAGAAGAACAACCAACCACCCGCCUCUGCGCAAUGGUCUGCCGUUGCCCUAGGGGGUGCAGUUGCAAGUCUGAUCAUGGUUGUAGCUACAAUCUGCGAAUGGUCCUACGUUCCUCGUCGAUGGGCAGGAGCGCAGCAUUUGACCAAAAAACUGUUGUUCCUACUCGCUGUUCUUGCCAUCAACGUCGCUCCGAGUGUUUACAUUUUCAUCAUCCCCGAUACACAGCAUACAAAAAUUGCUCUGAUUCUGGGUAUUGUCCAGUUCUUCAUCGCCCUGGUGACCUAUUUCUUCUUUUCGAUUAUGCCUAUGGGAGGAUUGUUCGGUAGUUACUUGACUAGAAACUCCAGACAGUAUGUCGCCAGUCAAACUUUCACUGCCAGUUAUCCUCGUUUGACUGGUAACGAUAUGUGGAUGUCUUACGGUCUCUGGAUCACCGUUUUCGGAGCCAAGUUGGCUGAAUCUUACGUCUUCUUGACCCUGUCCUUCCGUGAUCCUAUCAGAUACUUGGACAGCAUGCAGAUCUCCACCUGUGUUGGCGAUGCUAUCAUUGGUGAUGUUCUUUGCAAAUUGCAACCAAAGAUUCUCCUCGGUCUCAUGUUCGUCACUGAUCUUACCUUGUUCUUCUUGGAUACUUUCAUGUGGUACAUUAUCAUGAAUACUAUCUACUCAGUCGCUCGAUCGUUCUACCUUGGUGUGUCUAUCUGGACUCCAUGGAGAAACAUCUUCUCGCGUCUGCCAAAGCGUAUCUACUCCAAGGUUCUCGCUACUACCGACAUGGAGAUCAAGUACAAGCCAAAAGUUCUUAUCUCUCAAAUCUGGAACGCCAUUGUCAUCUCUAUGUACAGGGAGCAUCUCCUCGCUAUCGACCACGUCCAGAAACUUCUCUACCAUCAAGUUCCAUCCGAACAAGAAGGCAAGAGAACUCUUCGAGCUCCAACUUUCUUCGUCUCACAAGAAGAUCAUUCUUUCAAGACAGAGUUCUUCCCAAACCAAAGUGAAGCUGAGCGUCGUAUCUCUUUCUUCGCUCAAUCCUUGUCAACUCCUAUCCCAGAACCACUUCCAGUCGAUAACAUGCCGACUUUUACCGUCAUGAUUCCUCAUUACGGAGAAAAGAUUCUGUUCUCCCUGCGCGAAAUUAUUCGUGAAGACGAACCAUACUCCCGAGUUACUAUGCUUGAGUACCUGAAACAAUUGCACCCUCACGAGUGGGAUUGCUUCGUUAAGGACACCAAGAUUCUCGCAGACGAAACCUCGCAAUUUAACGGCGAUUAUGAUAAGGAGGAGAAGAACACUGCCAAAAGCAAGAUUGAUGAUCUUCCUUUCUACUGUAUCGGUUUCAAAUCGGCCGCUCCCGAAUACACUCUCCGCACACGUAUCUGGGCAUCUUUGAGAGCGCAAACUCUUUACCGCACAAUCUCUGGUUUCAUGAAUUAUAGUCGUGCUAUCAAACUUCUCUACCGUGUCGAGAACCCAGAGGUCGUGCAGAUGUUUGGUGGUAACUCUGACAAGCUUGAACGAGAACUCGAGCGUAUGGCCCGUCGCAAGUUCAAGCUCUGUGUUUCUAUGCAACGUUAUGCCAAAUUCAAGAAGGAAGAGAUGGAGAACACUGAAUUUCUCCUUCGUGCCUAUCCUGAUCUCCAAAUUGCUUACCUGGAUGAAGAAGCUCCUCUCGUCGAAGGUGAUGAGCCUCGUCUUUACUCUGCUCUCAUUGAUGGUCACUCCGAGGUCAUGGAAAAUGGAAUGCGUAGACCUAAAUUCCGUAUCCAACUUUCCGGUAACCCAAUUCUUGGGGAUGGAAAAUCCGACAAUCAGAAUCAUGCCAUUAUCUUCUAUCGCGGCGAGUAUAUCCAACUCAUUGAUGCCAAUCAGGACAAUUAUCUGGAAGAAUGCUUGAAGAUUCGAAGUGUCUUGGCUGAGUUCGAGGAAAUGACCACUGAAAACGUCUCACCGUACACUCCUGGUGUUUCCAACCCUAAGAUCGCCCCCGUCGCUAUUCUUGGUGCCCGUGAAUAUAUUUUCUCCGAAAAUAUUGGUAUCUUGGGAGACGUCGCUGCUGGAAAGGAACAAACAUUCGGUACACUCUUUGCGCGAACUCUUGCUGCUAUCGGUGGUAAGCUUCAUUAUGGUCAUCCUGAUUUCUUGAACGGUAUCUUCAUGACCACUAGAGGUGGUGUUUCCAAAGCUCAGAAGGGUCUUCAUCUUAACGAGGAUAUUUACGCUGGUAUGACGGCACUUCUUCGUGGAGGUCGCAUCAAGCAUUGCGAGUACUACCAAUGCGGUAAAGGCCGUGAUCUUGGUUUUGGCUCUAUUCUCAACUUCACUACAAAGAUUGGAACUGGUAUGGGUGAGCAGAUGCUCUCGCGAGAGUACUAUUACCUGGGUACCCAACUCCCUAUCGAUCGUUUCUUGUCCUUCUACUACGCUCAUCCUGGCUUCCAUUUGAACAACAUGUUCAUUAUGUUGUCUGUCAACUUGUUCAUGAUCUGUUUGAUCAAUUUGGGAGCCCUCAGGAACCAGGUCAUCGAGUGUACAUACAACACCAACGUCCCCAUUACCGAUCCUCUGUACCCAACUGGUUGUGCAAACAUUGUUCCUAUCACUAACUGGGUCUACCGUUGCGUCAUCUCCAUCUUCAUUGUGUUUUUCAUCUCUUUCGUCCCUUUGACGGUACAGGAAUUGACAGAACGUGGUUUCUGGCGUGCGGCUACUCGUCUCGGAAAGCAAUUCUGCUCUCUUUCACCUUUCUUCGAGGUUUUCGUUUGUCAGAUUUAUGCCAACGCUGUCCAGCAAGAUCUUUCAUUCGGCGGUGCCAGAUACAUCGGAACUGGUCGUGGUUUCGCCACUGCUCGUAUCCCAUUCGGUAUUCUCUUCUCUCGAUUCGCCGGCCCAUCCAUUUAUCUUGGAGCUAGAUUACUCAUGAUGUUGUUGUUCGCGACUAUCACCGUGUGGCAGGCUGCAUUGGUCUACUUCUGGGUCACUCUUCUUGCUUUGUGCAUCUCUCCAUUCUUGUACAAUCCUCAUCAAUUUGCCUGGAACGACUUCUUUAUUGAUUACAGAGACUACCUCAGGUGGUUGUCCCGUGGAAACUCUCGCUCUCAUGCGUCGAGUUGGAUCGCUUUCUGUCGUCUUUCUCGUACCAGAAUUACAGGUUAUAAACGCAAGAUUCUCGGAGACCCAUCGGCGAAGAUGUCGGGAGAUACUGCCCGUGCCACGUUUUCCAAUCUUUUCUUCGGAGAAAUCGUUGGACCGCUCAUGAUUGUUGCUCUCACUUUGAUUCCAUAUCUCUUCAUUAACUCCCAGACGGGUGUCACUGCCGAACUCAACGAUGGUGUCGCGCCCGUAGCCACGAACGCCUUGAUCCGUGUUGGCAUUGUAGCUUUAGCUCCUAUUGCAGUUAACGCUGGUGUACUGGCUGGAAUGUUUGGCAUGGCUUGUUGUAUGGGACCCGUCCUUGGCAUGUGUUGUAAGAAAUUUGGUUCAGUCCUCGCAGCCAUUGCACAUGCUAUCGCCGUUGUUAUGUGCCUCGUAUUCUUCGAGGUCAUGUUCUUCUUGGAAGGAUUUAACCUCGCCAAGGCGUUGUUGGGAAUGAUUGCAUCCGCCGCCAUCCAAAGAUUUGUCUACAAACUCAUCAUCAGUUUGACACUGACCAGAGAAUUGAAGACCGACACAUCCAACAUUGCUUUCUGGACCGGUAAAUGGUAUUCGAUGGGUUGGCACUCGGUUUCUCAACCUGGUCGUGAAUUCCUUUGCAAGAUCACCGAGCUUGGAAUGUUUGCUGGUGACUUUGUUCUUGGUCAUCUCAUUCUUUUCAUCAUGCUUCCUAUCAUCGCCAUACCCCAGGUAGACAAGCUUCAUUCUGUGAUGCUCUUCUGGCUUCGUCCCAGUCGGCAAAUUCGUCCUCCGAUUUACUCGUUGAAGCAAUCCAAAUUACGGAAGAGACGUGUCUGGCGAUAUGCCAUUAUAUACUUCGUCCUGUUCAUUAUCUUCCUUGCGUUGUUGAUAGGCCCACUUAUCGCUGGCAAGAAGAUUUUGACCAAGAGCUUGACUGACAAGAUUCCACUGAAGCUCUAUCAGCCUACCGGCCAAAAUAACAACGAUACUCAAGGCUACAACCAGACCGGUACCGGUUGCACGACUUGCACUGGUGUUAGUGCCACCUCAAGUGCAUCUAGCACCGCCGCUGCCAGGGUUCGAUUGUUCUAA